GUGACCAGCAUAAUUUUAAGUUAUUAUUCAGCAUGUACUUAUUCUAGUCACAAUUCCUUCAUACAAAUAUUUGCAUAUUUACAGAAAUGUCUUUCUUCGCAUCAACUUUAUGGCUCAAACGCUUCCUCUGAUAGUCACCACAGUUCUGGAAUCCAUGUCACACCUUCACCAAGUGAUUCUGGCAUUGUUGAUUAUGAGACAAUAAUUCGAGAUAAAGAAAAUGAGCUGACAAAUGUUAGAGCAACAAUGGCGCAGAAUGAAGAAAUUGUAGUAAAAGUGUAUCAAGAAAAAGAACGAUUAUGGAAAGAACAAAUUGCAGAUAUGCAACAAAAAUUAAAAUAUUUUUAUCAAUUAAUUAAUAAUUAUUUUAGUAUAUAUACUUUUAAUAUAUAUAGAAUGGCUAUAUAUAUAUAUAUAUAUAUA